AUGGAAGCCUUCAAGCCUUCAGGGUGCAUUCAGAAGGCAGUGAGCAUGGGAAGGGAGGGGCUGUGCGAGUUCACGCCACCACCAGGUAGUCUGGGGGAACAUGCGUGUCUCAGUUGUGCCAACACCGUGGGGUUGAUAAGCCGUGUGCACGUUCCUCUGGGCGGCUGCUCCCCGGGCCACCCCAGGCACCUUUCCCUUGGAGGCGACCCCCUGGGCUGUUGGACGCUAUGGCCCCAGCGCGCGUGUGCAGUGGCCCUAGUGCCCUGGGCCCCGGCCUCUGUAGGCCGGCUCGUCCCAGGGCCGCAGUUCCUGCCCGUGCGCAGCUGGCACACGUCGGCCCCGCUGGGCGAUGACUCCGUAGUGGAGAAGUCACUCAAGUCCCUGAAGGACAAGAACAAGAAGCUGGAGGAGGGCGGCCCGGUGUACAGCCCCCCCGCGGAGGUGACCGAGAAGAAGCCCCUGCGGCAGAGGGUGGUGGACGAGCUGAAGCACUACUACCAUGGCUUCCGCCUGCUCUGGAUCGACACCAAGAUCGCGGCACGCAUGCUGUGGCGCAUCCUCAACGGCCAUGUGCUGACCCGCCGCGAGCGCAGGCAGUUUCUCCGGAUCUGUGCUGACCUCUUCCGCCUGGUGCCCUUCCUGGUCUUCAUCGUGGUGCCCUUCAUGGAGUUCCUGCUGCCUGUGGUUGUGAAGCUCUUCCCCAACAUGCUGCCGUCCACAUUCGAGACCCAGUCCAUCAAGGAGGAGAGGCUGAAGAAGGAGCUGCGGGUCAAGCUGGAGCUGGCCAAGUUCCUCCAGGACACCCUUGAGGAGAUGGCCCUGAAGAAUAAGGCUGCCAAGGGGAACGCCACCAGGGACUUCUCCUUGUUUUUCCAGAAGAUCCGAGAGACCGGGGAGAGACCCAGCAAUGAGGAAAUCAUUCGUUUUUCCAAAUUGUUUGAGGACGAGCUGACCCUGGAUAACCUCACACGGCCACAGCUGGUGGCACUGUGCAAGCUGCUGGAGCUGCAGUCCAUGGGCACCAACAACUUCCUGCGUUUCCAGCUCACCAUGCGGCUGCGCUCCAUCAAGGCCGACGACAAGCUGAUUGCUGAGGAGGGGGUGGACAGCCUCAAUGUCAAAGAGUUGCAGUCGGCAUGUCGAGCGAGAGGCAUGCGGGCCCUGGGUGUCACGGAAGACCGCCUGCGGGACCAGCUGAAGCAGUGGCUGGAGCUGCACCUGCACCAGGAGAUCCCUACAUCGCUUCUCAUCCUGUCCCGCGCCAUGUACCUCCCAGACACCUUGUCGCCCGCCGACCAGCUCAAGUCCACGCUGCAGACCCUGCCAGAGAUUGUGGCGAAGGAAGCGCAGGUGAAGGCAGCAGAGGUGGAGGGCGAGCAGGUGGACAACAAGGCGAAGCUGGAGGCCACGCUACAGGAGGAGGCAGCCAUCCAGCAGGAGCACCGGGAGAAGGAGCUGCAGAGGCUCUCAGAGGCCGCGAAGGAAAUGGCGUCUGAAGUGGCGGAGGCUGCACCUGGGAGGCCUGUGGCCGAACUGCAGCCAGAAGUGGCCAACAUCCUGCCGUCAGAGGACCUGAAGGACACCGCCCCCAUCCUGGAGGGUGUGAAGGGAGAGGAGAUCACCAAGGAGGAAAUCGACAUCCUCAGCGACGCCUGUUCAAAGCUGAAGGAGCAGACAGCAUCCCUGAGGCAAGAGAAGGAGGAGCUGCAGCUGCUGAAAGACGACGUACAGGACUAUAGCGAGGACUUGCAAGAGAUUAAGAAGGAACUUUCAAAGACUGGCAAAGAGAUGGAGGUGGAAGAGUCCAAAGCCAGCAAGAGGCUGACCAAGAGGGUGCAGCAGAUGAUCGGGCAGAUUGACGAGCUGCUCGCACAACUGGAGGCGGACCAGCAGGCCGGCAAGCUGGGCCCGGCUGUCCCGGGCUUGCCCACGGGGGAGACUGACGUCAGCGUCACCGAGCUCGUCAACGCCAUGAAGCAGAUCAAGCACAUUCCAGAAAACAAGCUCAUCAGCCUGGUCUCGGCACUAGAUGAGGACAGGGAUGGCCGGGUCAACAUCAACGACCUCGUCAAGGUGGUUGAGCUGGUGGAUAAAGAGGACAUUCACAUCUCCACCAGCCAGGUGGCGGAGAUUCUGGCGACGCUGGAGAAGGAGGGGAAGGUGGAGGAGAAGGAGAAGGCCAAGGAGAAGGCAGAGAAGGCGGAGAAGGCGGGGAAGGAGGCUGCCGAGGUGAAGGGGUAGCCGCCCGCCACCUGCCCUUCUGCCGCGAGGAGACGCUAGUAGUGACACGUCUAUAUUUUGUCUGGAAUAAAUCAGGAACUUCCACCAUCAAGUAAUCUUUAAUGUUCGUCAUUCCACGAAGAGUCAACCAGUCUGGAGCCCCCGAGCCUGCAGGGAGCCGUGUCUGCGUCCUCGCCGUGGCCACACACUGGCCUGGCUCAGAGGUGGCUCGGGCCUGCGCCUGGUGGUGUCUGUCCCGGAGGAGAGGCUGGGCCGUGGACCCCUCAGCUCCGGAGGAGACCCUGGUCUGCAGACUUGGACUUGAAUGUCUGUGUCAUGUCUCCAGAGCCCUGUCUGACCACUGAGAGAACGUCCCUGGUCGCCGUGUGGCCUCGCAGAAUCACGAUCGGGCAGGAGCGUCCUGUCACGCGGGGUUCCUGUCUGUGUCAGCUUUCUUGAUUCACCUUUGAUUUUUACCUAACCCUUUAACCAAUUACCCGCAGUCUGCCUGGCUCAAGCGUGGUCUCUAAUGUAAAGCGUGUCGUGACACUAAUGAAGCGUUGACAUUUGGAAAUGUAUUGUGCUGCUGUGGCUCUUGGAACAUUUCCUAAUUUGGGUGGUUAGCACCUCGCUGUCCCGUGGGCGAUCAGAGCAGAUACCACUGUGCCUGUUUAGCAGUGGGUGCGGCCGCCAGGCGUCACCCUGUCACAGCUCUGCGGUCCCGGGGCCUCCAGGUACCCACCAUCUGCUCUCCUGGGCAGCUCCUUUCGAAGGAUCAGGCAGGUGUCUGCUCCCGGCCCUAUGGUGGGCACCCAGGGGCUGGCAGAAAGGCUCAUUGUGUAGCCCUGGUGUCCCGAGGGCUCAGCACCUGGCUCUCAGGCAGGGUGGCUGCGUGGGGUGGGCAGGGCCAGGUGUCCUGUGGCCUCAGCUCUGUCUGACCUGCCCUUUGAAGGGAAGACUUCUUUUAGGGGAAUCCAAACAUAGGGUUGGAGGACAGGAAUAGAGCGGCCAGGUCAGCUGGGCGAGGAGGGCUCAGAACUGAUAGCUUCUAAAUUACUUGAAACUUUAUUAGGCCCUUGAAGCAGAGACUUGACACAAUGUAGGAGUGAGAUUUUGUAUCCUCAGGUGUAACCUCUGUACAUCUACACUGGGUCCUAAAGGAUUUUUAUUGCAGUUCUGUGAGCAGUGCGCUCCCGAUGCUUCUGGAGUGUCUGUGGGUCAUCUCAUGUAUUUCGUGGCCUGGUUUUCAGCUGUAAGGUGUCUUUGCCCAUGAGCUUGGCCAGUGUGCCCAUGGACGGCGGCCAUCCUACUAGUGAGCAGUACCUUGGGGCCCCAUCAGCUGCGCCUGGCUCCCGUCCCCAUCCUUGCUGCCUUGCCGGGUGCCCUGUGUAUCCCUCCUGUGUGCAGCCGCCCUCCUGGUUGUCUGCAGCUUUGAGGAGCAGCGUUUGCCCCCCUGCUGCAGGGGCUUCAUGCUGCACAGGCGCGAGCUGCUAGCAGGAACCUUCAGCUUUUGUAAGGUUGGCCGUCUCUGCUACAGGCUUCCCCUUCAUUUUGUGUUUGCUUCUACGGUAUUGACCUUGACUCACUGCAGCUGAGACCAGUGUGCGGGUGCAGGUGGAUCUAGAAAUGGGAGUCUCGCCUGACGAGGGGUUUAAGAAGCUCCCGCUGUCGGGAGCGUGGUGUCUGCCUGCUUGAGAGUGAGAUGGGAAUUCUUAGCACAUGUGCCCUCCCCUCCCACAGGCCCGCUUUUCAGCAGAGGUUCGGGGGACUGCACGUGGCUUCCACAGUCACAUGGAGUCUUCCAUUCGGGAUUUGUUAACAUGCUGGGCCCUGCCACUGAAGAGCUUCAGGCGUGGUUCUCACAGCAGGGCCCUGCCUCUGCCUCCACGUGUCCUCCAGGGGCCCCGGCUUCACAUGUUUAAGCACUUUUCUCAGAAAUAAUGGCUUUAUUAAAAUAUCAAAUUAAUGUUCCCAUAACAAUUCAAAGUAAGACGUCAAGGUGGAAAUUGUCACGACUGUCUGCGUGUCUGCCUGUGACAGCUGUGUGGCCCAGGUCUGGCUCUGCCUCCCUGCAGAAGGGGGGCUCUGGUACCCUCACCUUCCGGGGCGCAAGCCCUCGCCUUGUUCUUUGUCAGUGCUCUGCUCGUCCCCUCACACUGUGCUGGUGACAAGACACCCAAGCUGAUGUAAGGCCAGGAUUGAAUAAAGUGUUAUCUUGAUGA